AUGGCGCACCAGGAAGUCACUUCUGCCCGGGACAAUCUAAAGCGGGCAUCUGGUACUGAGGAAAUGAGAAGGCUCCGAGAUGGUUACGACUUGCACAUAGCUGAGGAGGUUAUGGAGAUAGCACAGGGUAAGUUGAGAGGAGCGGAGUACCAUGUGAAGAGAUGGAAAAUAUUCCUGAGGUGGAUUGACGACCAGCAUCCAGCCAUCGCGGCCGAAUGCGGGUUGUCACCUAAUAACACCCUGGACGUCGCUCUCCAUGCCAUCGGAGGAAAAGAAGAUCCGUUUAGGCAGGAAGAGCAGCCUCAGCUCCUGGAAAGAGAACGUCAACAAGGACCGUCUGUCCUCAGUCCAGACGCUUCAUCAAAGGUCUCAAAAUCAUUGAAAGCUAGAGCGCGCUCUUCCAGAGUACGUGUAACGAUCGCAACACGACUUGACGAAUCUCACGCUCCGGUCGUCGCUUCAGCUCAGCAAGGGGAUAGUGACGACGACAGAAGGUCGCAGGUACGCCCAUGUCCAAGUACGUCAACACUCGAACCCCGUCGCAGCGCUCGAAUCGCCGAAAGAAUGAAAGGCCUACAAGAGUCCAAAGCGCCAUCUAGACCGUCAAGAUUGAUGGGUAGAGAGGCGCACGAACUGUCAAGAGUGAAGCGACAAAAGGAACAGGAAACGAAGGGAGCAAAGACAAGGAGUAGCGAGCGCGUCAAAGCGAGAUAUACAUCAAGACCGCAAGGCGUUGCAAAGCGAAGGUGUCUGUCACGUUGA